ACGGGGAAUGGGGGACACCCACGACCCUCCUGGGUCAUGGGGUGAGGGUGGGUAGGAGGCAGACGCCUGGGUGCCCUCCUGGACCCCUGACACCUGUGUCCCCUCCUGGACCCCUGGUAGGACCGGGACAACUGGGUGCCUUCCUGGACCCCCAGCAGGACCUGGACACCUGGGUGCCCCCCAGACCCCUGACACCUGGAUCCCCUCCUGGACUCUUGGUAGGACCCAGACACCUGGGUCCCCUCUUGGACCACCCCCCGUAAGACCAGGACACCUGGGUGCCCCCUGGACACAGACACCUGGGUCCCCCCCAACACCUGGACACCGGGGUCCCCUCUUGGACCCCUCUGUAGGACCUGGAUGCCUGGGUGUCCCCCGGACCAAGACACCUGGGUCCCCCCGACACCUGGGUCCCCUCUUGGACUGCGACUCCUGGGUCCCCUCCUGGACCCCUUGGUAGGACCCAGACACCUGGGUCCCCCUGACACCUGGACGCCUGGGUCCCCUCCUGGACCCCCAGUAGGACCUGGACACCGGGGUGCCCCCUGGACCCAGACACCUGGAUCCCCUCCUGGACUCUUGGUAGGACCCAAACACCUGGGUCCUCUCCUGGACCCCUGGUAGGACCCGGACUCUUGGGUGUCCUGUGGACCCAGACACCUGGGUUCCCCUGACACCUGGGUCCCCUCCUGGACCCCUGGUAGGACCCAGAGGCCUGGGUCCCCCCGACACUCGGACGCCUGGGUCCCCUCUUGGACUUGGACUCCUGGUCCCCUCCUGGACCCUUGGUAGGACCCAGACACCUGGGUCUCCCCCGAGACCCUCCGACAGGUCCCUCAUGGGAUCCCUUGGGUCACCACACCCGGACACCUGGGCCCCUCGUGGGACCCUUGGUGCGGGUGCAGGACCCAGACACCUGCGUCCCCCCCGUGGGGCCCCCCCCCCACCGGAGGCUGUGACCACAGGGGGGCCCCCCCCGGGGGUGGCAGCUCCUCCCCGGCUGCCGGCGCCUGGGCGGGAAGGACCCCGGCAUCCGGCACCGUGUCGACGUUCCCAUUGGCCUCCGCGGCACCCUGGGGCGCAGGCGCGGCACCGCUGGCUUCCGGCACCCCCGCAAACCCCCAGGCCCGGCUGGGCCCCACCGCCACUGCUGCCCACAGCGGGUGGUCCCCGAGGCCGCCGGACCCUCCCCAGUGGGUGCACCAGGGGGAAGGAGCCCAUCGGCACCUGGUCUUCUCCAGGCGUGGCGGCGGCGGCGGGAAGGAGACCUACGCCGUCCGCUUCUCACCCGCCGUGGGGCCCCAUCACCGCCGGCUCCUCCCCAGACGUGGUGGCUCUUGGGGGGGGGAAGGACCCCCCGUUGCUGUGGAAGCCUCGCCAGAAGCAGUCAAAAACUCGUCUCCAUCGGCUCCUCACCAGAAGUGAUCCCACCAGGGCCUCGUCUCUAUCGGCUGCUCCCCAGAAGCAGUUCCACAGCAGGACCUCAUCUUCUGCUGCUCCUCCCCAGAACUGGUGCCACCAAGAGCCAUCUCCACUGGCUGCUCCUCAGACAGCACCCCACCAGGGCCUCACCUCCAUCAGCUCCUCACCAGAAGUGGUUGCACGGCAGGAACUCAUCUUCUGCAGCUCCUCACCAGAAGUGGUCCCAUCAGAAGCCAUCUCCACUGGCUGCUCCCCAGACACCAUCCCACCAGGACCCAUCUCCAUUGGUUCCUCCCGAGGCACCAUCUCACCAGGACCCAUCUCCAUUGGCUGCUCCUCAGACACCAUCCCACCAGGACCCAUCUCCAUUGGCUGCUCCCCAGACGCCAUCCCACCAGGACCCAUCUCCAUUGGUUCCUCCCGAGGCACCAUCCCACCAGGACCCAUCUCCAUUGGCUGCUCCCGAGGCACCAUCCCACCAGGACCCAUCUCCAUCGGCUGCUCCUCAGACACCAUCCCAUCAGAACCCAUCUCCACUGGCUGCUCCCCAGACACCAUCCCACCAGGACCCAUCUCCAUUGGUUCCUCCCUAGACACCAUCCCACCAGGACCCAUCUCCAUUGGUUCCUCCCCAGACACCAUCCCACCAGGACCCAUCUCCAUUGGCUGCUCCUCAGACACCAUCCCACCAGGACCCAUCUCCAUCGGUUCCUCCCUAGACACCAUCCCACCAGGACCCAUCUCCAUUGGCUCCUCCCCAGACACCAUCCCACCAGGACCCAUCUCCAUUGGCUGCUCCUCAGACACCAUCCCACCAGGACCCAUCUCCAUUGGCUCCUCCCCAGACACCAUCCCACCAGGACCCAUCUCCAUUGGCUGCUCCUCAGACACCAUCUCACCAGGACCCAUCUCCACUGGCUGCUCCCCAGACACCAUCCCACCAGGACCCAUCUCCAUUGGCUCCUCCCCAGACACCAUCCCACCAGGACCCAUCUCCAUUGGCUCCUCCCCAGACACCAUCCCACCAGGACCCAUCUCCAUUGGCUGCUCCUCAGACACCAUCCCACCAGGACCCAUCUCCAUCGGCUGUUCCCCAGACACCAUCCCACCAGGACCCACCUCCAUUGGCUCCUCCCCAGACACCACCCCAGCAGGACCCGUCUCCACUGGCGGCCGCCUCCGCCAAUCAGCAGGCGCCAUGGAGGCGUGGCGGCAGUGCGCCCGCUGGCUGGUGGCGGCGCGGGUGCUGCCCGCGGGGCACCGGGCGAGCAGCCCCGGGGGUCAGGUGUGGGACCUGGCGCAGGCGCUGCGGGACGGGGUGCUGCUCUGCCACCUCCUCAACGCCCUCCUGCCCCGCGCCGUGCCCCCCCGCGACAUCUGUCCCCGUCCCCAGAUGUCACAGUUCCUGUGCCUGAGGAACAUCCGCACCUUCCUGACCGCCUGCGCUGACAAAUUCGGGCUCCCGAAGCACCGGCUCUUCGGCGCCUUCGACCUCUUCGACGUCCAGGACUUCGGCAAGGUGAUUGACACCCUCUCGACGCUCUCCUGGACCCCCAUUGCCCAGAGCAAAGGCUUCACGCCCUUCCCUACUGAGGACUGCAUUGGGGACGAUGACAUCUACAGUGGCCUCUCCGACCUCAUCGACGACACAGCGGAGGAGGACGAUGAGCUCUACGACUGCGUCGAGGCCGAAGGGGACGACGGAGACGACAUCUACGAGGACCUGAUGAGGGUGGAGGCCCCCCCGGCUAUGAAGGUGGAGGUGGAUCGGAGGUUCUGCUGCCUCCAGGAGCUGAGGCAGACGGAGGAGAAGUACACCGAGACCCUCGAGUCCAUCUGCCAGCACUUCCUGCGGCCGCUGCGGCACUUCCUGCAGCCCCAAGACCUUGAGAGCAUCUUCAUCAACAUUGAGGAGCUGCUGCAGCUGCACCGGCUCUUCCUGGGGGAGCUGCGGGGGGCACUGGGAGGGUCGGGGGGGGCCCGCGGGCUGCCCCCCCUCUUCCUCGCCUACAAGGAGAGGUUCCUGCUCUACGGCCGCUACUGCAGCCAGGUGGAAGCGGCCGCCCGGCGCCUCGACCAGCUCGCGACCAGCACCGACCUCCGCAUGAAGCUGCAGGAGUGCUCCCAACGAGCCAACAACGGGCGCUUCUCCCUGAGGGACCUCCUGAUGGUGCCGAUGCAGCGGGUGCUCAAGUACCACCUCUUGCUCCAGGAGCUGGUGAAGCUGACCCCGGAGCCGGCCGAGAGGGAUCGGCUGCGGGUGGCCCUGGAUGCCAUGAGGGACCUGGCGCAGUGCGUGAACGAGGUCAAACGGGACAACGAGACCCUGAAGCAGCUCACGAGUGUCCAGCUCUGCCUCCACAACAUGCCGCAGUCCCUGGCGCAGUUCGGGCGCCCCAAAAUCGACGGAGAGCUGAAGGUCUCCAGCACCGAGCGGCGCUCCAAGGUGGACAGGUACGGCUUCCUCCUGGACAAGGCCCUGAUCAUCUGCAAGCGCCGUGGGGACUCCUACGAGGCCAAAGACGUUGUGGACCUGCAGAGCCACCAGCUGCGGGACAGUGGCCUCGGCCCCCGUGAUGGCAAGAAGUGGACCCACACCUUCCUGCUCAUCGACACGGCCGGGCUACAGGGCUACGAGCUCUUCUUCAAGACCCGUGAGCUGAAGAAGAAGUGGCUGGAGCAGUUCGAGAUGGCCCUCUCCAACAUCUUCCCCGAGCACGCCCUGGCCGACGGGCACGACUUCCAGAUGUUCUCCUUUGAGGACACCACGUCCUGCAAGGCCUGCCAAAUGUUGCUGAGGGGCACCUUCUACCAAGGGUACCGCUGCAGCCGGUGCAGGGCCCCCGCGCACAAGGAGUGUCUGGGGCGGCUGGGGACCUGCAGCAGGGGCGGCGCCGAUUCAGGCUCUGGCACAAGGAAGAACAAGUCGCAGCGGCCGGCCCCCGAGAAGAAGAGGGGAGACCUGGGGUUGCCCAAGAUGGAGGCGAGCCAGCCCUACAGCGGCGUCCCGCCACCGCCGGGGGCCCUGGGUCCCGCCCUGCGCCUCAGCCCUGGGGACGUCGUGGAGGUCACCGUGGCCGAGGCCGAGCAGCUCUGGUGGCAGGGCAGGAACGUGGCCAACGGUGACCUGGGCUGGUUCCCUUGCGCCGUCGUCAGACCCUUCGUCUGCGUGCCCCUGCCGGAUCUCUCUGUCUACCCCUGGUACGCCGGUCCCAUGGAGCGGGGGGAGGCCGAGCAGCUCCUGAUGCCCCGCUCCGACGGCGCCUUCCUGGUGCGGCAGCGGGUGAAGGACGCCGGCGAAUUCGCCAUCAGCAUCAAGUACCGCGGGGAGGUGAAGCACAUCAAGGUGAUGACGGCGGAGGGGCUCUAUCGCAUCACCGAGAAGAAGGCGUUCAAGGGGCUGGUGGAGCUGGUGGAGUUUUACCAGCGCAGCUCGCUCAGGGAUUGCUUCAAAGCCCUCGACACGGCGCUUGUGGUGCCUUUCAAGGAGCCCGAGAGCCGGGCUGGGCCCCGGCCACCUGGAGCCGUGCGCAGCUUUGGUUCGGCCAAAGCCCGCUACGACUUCUGCGCCCGGGACCGGACGGAGCUGACGCUGCGGGAAGGCGACAUCGUCCGUGUCCUCAGCAAGAAGGGCCACCCGGGCUGGUGGAAAGGAGAGAUCUACGGGCGGGUUGGGUGGUUCCCCGCAAACUACGUGGAGGAAGAUUACUCGGAGUAUUGCUGACCAUGGGCCCGCGCCCCAUCCCACCCACCACCUCCAGUCCCACCACCGGUGUCCCCCCAGCAGCCACCACGACCCUCCCCACCAUCCCCCCCCCCUCCACCCCAUUAAUUUAUGCCUCUUCCAGCCCAGCAGGGGCAAUAAACGAGGAAGAGGAUGAGCUGCGGGGUU